UUCAUCGAUUUAUCAGAAACUGAUGAGAUGAGCACACAACCAGAAAAUGCUUCUGUGACGUAGAUAGAAAUCACGUGAUCGAAUCCUCCAUAUUCUCUAUUUAUUCCAUAAAUGGUUAUCUAAACAAGGAAUCGUGUUUAUCAUAUGUUAAAACGGACUAAAUUUUCAAUUCUUUUAUUUGAUCUUUGAAAAUACACAAAUACGACAGAAACAAAUAAGUGUUUGGAAUUUAAUAAAGAAAACAAAAAAAUAUUUAUAACGGUUUAGGGACAACUUGAAAUGGUAAAUCUUGGAAAAUGGACUUCAAUUAUUGUAUCAAUUGUUAUCAACAUAUAUCUAGCAUGUGGAACUGAAGUACUUACAAACAACUGGCUAGUGGAGUUAGACGGCGAAGGUGGCAUCGAUGCCGCUAAAGCAGUGGCCAAAAGAACAGGAUUCAAUUUUGUAUCGCCGAUGUUAGGUUCUCAACGAGAGUUCCACUUUUCACACUCAGCUGUACCACAUAUACGAUCCCGCAGAAGUAUAAUUCACACACGUAAACUAAAAGCUCAUCCUAUGGUAAAAAGAGCGAUACAGCAAACUGGUUUUAGACGAGCAAAACGAGGAUUUCAGCCUAAGAUAAGAGGGGUACCAGUAUCAGAAAUACGUUUAAAGGACCCCGAGUCAGCCAAAUUAUUGGACUAUUCAAAAUCUUAUAGCUAUGCAGAACCUCAGGAUCCUUUAUUUCAAAAAGAAUGGUAUUUGAAAAAUGUUGGUCAGUCUGGUGGUAAACCAGGGCUUGAUUUGAAUGUAGAAAUAGCAUGGGCAAUGGGAUAUACAGGAAAAGAUGUAACAACCGCUAUCAUGGACGAUGGUAUAGAUUAUUUACAUGAAGAUUUGAAGAAUAACUAUAAUGCCAAAGCCAGUUAUGAUUUUAGCAGUAACGACCCUUACCCAUAUCCACGUUAUACAGACACAUGGUUUAAUAGCCAUGGUACACGUUGCGCAGGUGAAGUAGCAGCUGCACGUGAUAAUAAUGUCUGCGGUGUUGGUGUUGCUUAUAAUUCCAAAGUUGCUGGUCUUCGAAUGCUAGAUCAGCCUUUCAUGACCGAUCUUAUUGAAGCUAACGCUAUGAGUCACAUGCCAAACGACAUAGAUAUAUACAGCGCUAGUUGGGGACCAACAGAUGAUGGUAAGACUGUAGAUGGACCAAGAAACAUGACGAUGAGAGCUAUUGUCAAAGGCGUAAACGAGGGUCGACAUGGCAAAGGUAAUAUAUAUGUCUGGGCUUCCGGUGAUGGAGGAGCCGAUGAUGAUUGUAAUUGUGACGGAUAUGCUGCCAGUAUGUGGACUGUUUCUAUCAACUCUGCAACUAAUGAUGGUCAAACGGCCGGAUAUGACGAAUCAUGCUCAUCCACUCUAGCAUCAACCUUCAGCAACGGUAAAAGCACACUGAGAGACGCUGGUGUGGCAACAACAGACCUGUACAACAAUUGCACCACGACCCAUUCCGGAACUUCUGCUGCUGCACCGGAAGCUGCGGGUGUUUAUGCCUUAGCUAUUGAAGCAAACCGAGAAUUAACAUGGAGAGAUGUACAACAUAUAACUGUGCUCUCAUCCAAAAGAAAUCGUCUGUUUGACCCCUACUUGAAACAUCAUUGGAAGUUUAACGGAGCAGGUCUGCAGUUCAACCAUCUAUUCGGAUAUGGUGUUAUGGAUGCCGGUGCAAUGGUAGAUUUAUCUAGAAAAUGGAAGCCACUCCCAGAAAGAUUCCAUUGCACUGCUGGUAGCGUAACAGAGAAAAUGCAAUUUGGUACAAACCAACCUAUUCAGAUGCAUAUAGACACUGAUGCAUGUUCUGGUAAAUCUAACGAAGUCAACUACUUGGAGCAUGUACAGGCAUUCGUCACUGUCAAGUCUACAUACAGAGGCAACAUUGUUAUGUUUAUAACUUCUCCAAUGAAUACCACCUCAAUGAUCCUCAGCCAACGUCCAAAUGACGACGACCAUAAGAACGGUUUCACUAGAUGGCCAUUCAUGACAACACACACUUGGGCUGAAAAUGCACGUGGACGUUGGAAGCUUCAAGUAACUCUGGCUGAGGGUAAAAACAACGCCGUCGACACUGGAUCUUUCUUUGAAUGGACUCUCAUCCUUCAUGGUACAAAGACAGCACCCUAUGACAAUCAAGUCAGCGAUGAGGAGAAUCACAAUAAGUUAUUCAAGGUCAAGAGACUUCAUGAAACUCUUAAAGCAUGAAAAUAUCGCGAAAAUGAAAUAUAUCGCGAAAGCCGAUAAAAAGAAACAUACAAACAUGUUGUUUCUUUAAAAAAAUAUAUAUAUUAAGGGAUUCUGGUGAUAUAUAACACACAAGACCAUAACUUUAUUAAAUGGCAAUGUCAAUUUUAAAUAAAGUAUAGUCUUGUCUGUGUAUAUAUAGUGAAAUUUGCAGAAGCCCUAUCCAUCCUUAUAGUCUGGAUCGAAUACAAAAAUCAUAUAAUAUUAACUGACUUGGAUAAAUGUAUAAAUCUUGUUCAUAGAUUAUUACGCACUGGUAGUUUUAAAAUAUGCAAAAUGUUUGAGCAAGUCUCUAGGUUGAAAAUUGAAAUAGUAUUGGAUUUUUUGUUAAUAAUUAUGUUAUAAGUUUAUGUACAUAUGUACUUGAGUUGUUAAAGGUCUAUUUUUAAAGCCACGUUUCAAUCUGUUUCAAAUAUUUUUGAAAUGUUAUUAAAAACAUAUUUGAAAACAUUUUUUUUUCUGAUACAACUAUGUUUUUCUCACAGUUUAGCUUGGGCAUACAAAUAAGGUGUUUGAUCUUUGCAUAACUGAUUUAGAAUUUUAAGGCGCAGCAGAUAAGUUCAGUAUUUGACUGUCAGUAUAAAAUGCAAUUCUGGCUAUACGUUAGAAAGAUGGGACCAUUUUAGAAAGGAUAUUUCUUUAAGGGAACUUAUCCGAUGUUUCUAUUUGAUCGAAAUCUUAUUUUCGAGAAAGUCGAAACAGUGAAACGGUAGAUGAUUUUCUGAAUUGGUUCAUUAGCAUCGAGGCUUAUCAACAAAUUCUUUAGUUUCCUGAUAUAAAUUAAUUGUCAAACCUUUCGAACACUUAUAGUUUACUAUAUUCAAUUGAUGAAUUGUUUUCUACAAACAUCUAAAAAGAGCAAUGGGUUGUCAUUUAUCCGGAAAAUAGAAGGGGAAAUACCUUGGUUCAAACUGUAUUUGCGUUUGUUAUAUAUCCGGUGAUUAGAAGAAGAAGAAAAAGAAAGUUUGUUAAACAUGAUUUAAAAUAUAAAUGAAUUCACUUAAAUGUUUAUUUUUCUAUGGUACUUUUGAUCAAUCAGAAACUCCAAAGGGUAUUUCUCGACAACAAGUAAUUACUGGUAUCUAUCAGUAAUACUAUGUUGGCCAAACUAUUAUUGUCACAAUGUUAUGAACGUAUUUCUUUCUUACAAGGAAGAUUAUCAGAAACAUCAAUACUAAUUUAUAACAAGCAUAUUUAAAAUUAACUAUAUCCACAUAAGAUUUCUGACAACCAAUUUUAAGUUCCAAUAAUCUUUCUCUAGAGAUUUUAGUAAUGAUAGAUUAAUGUGGUGUUUACACAUACAAGCAUUUCUCAUAGAAAUUGUUUUUAAAUUAUAUUUUUGGCGCCAAAAAGUAAUAUGCGCUGUCUUUCUAGCUACAUUGAUAUUUAACAUUAAGAUGGAGGUCGACUGCUCGAUAAACAUUGAAAAUUCAGAAAUAGUAAUCUGUAAGAAUUACCCACUUAAUCUGAUAGUCUUCCAUGUAAGUUCCAUGAAGAUAUAUUUUUUGGUUAUCUUGUGAUAGAUUAUAUUAAUUCUGUGAUGAUAGAACUGUUGCAAAUAAACAAAUAUUGUUUGGAG